AACCAUACAAUAUUAAGCUUUCUAAGCCCAUUAAGGAAACAGCCCACGUCCCUAGCUCGUAUCCUCUCUCUCUGGUUUCUCUCUGUGGCUGUUGUAUUACUGGAAAUUGGAAAAUGGAUCGAUCUCAACUUCUGCUCUUAGGUUUACCAAUCUUUCUAUUUUUCUCCGAUAUUGUUAAUCUAUUCACGGUGCCUCCACCGCCAAAACCCGCUCCGAAUGAUCACAGCAGCAUCCGAUCCAAGCCCAACCAAGUUCACCAACAACCCCCUCAAUUUCCUGCUCAGAAAUCAUCAUCCGCUUCUAUCGGUGGAGUAGGUGGCGGCGUUGGUAAUAUUGGCAUUGGCAGCACUAUUAAUAUUGACUUCUGUUCUUCUUGUUCCUAUAGAGGAACUGCUGUAACUAUGAAAAACAUGCUGGAAACACAAUUUCCAGGGAUUAAUGUAAUUUUGGCAAACUAUCCUCCUCCAUUUCCAAAGCGCUUACUGAGCAAAGUUGUUCCAGUUUUUCAAUUUGGAAUCAUUGGAGUAAUAAUGGCAGGUGAACAAAUUUUUCCAAGGUUAGGGUUUGCAGUUCCACCUCCUUGGUACUACUCUUUACGUGCAAACAGAUUUGGAAGUAUUGCUAGUACUUGGCUCUUUGGAAACUUCAUCCAAUCCUUCCUCCAGAGUUCUGGAGCUUUUGAAGUAUAUUGCAAUGGUGAAUUGGUAAGAUCCUUUCUUUUUGUAAUUCCUCAUGCUGACUUUUCACUUGAGAGCAAAAUCUUUUGCCCUUCACUAGAUGUUUACUGUUUACUUGUUUGGAUGAGUUAGAUUGAUGCAUUUGAUAUGAUUCCGAGUCUAAGGUCAAGUUAUGGGUAUAUGAACUUAUGGAUUGAAUAAAGGAAUCCAGAGCUUUUGCUAUUUUACCUUCUUUUUUUUUCCUUCAACCCAUGGUGAAAAGUUAGGGAUUGGAAGAGAGAACCUUGGACCUUUGAGUUUCAAGGACUCGAGCCUUUUGGUGCAAAAUAAUUGUCAUAACUUUAUUCAUAGGUUGUCCCUUCUUAAAUAGUAGAAGGAAUGUCUUAGUCUUCCUAUUUUAGAAUAGCAAUAGGAAUACUAACUUACUAUGUUCCUAUUUAGACUAAGAAUCAUUAUAUAUCCUAUAUAGACAAGGAAUACAUGAUACUUAUUUAGACUAACUCAUUUAUUUAGUAUGUAAGCCAACUUUUCUUACUUCUGCAUCAAUGCAACGGUACUUGGCAGCCCUUUCUUAAGCUUGUUUUACCUUGUUAUGUCUCUCAUGAACUUUGAAUUUGUGGCUCACAUCAUUGCUCCUGUUCUUCAAGAUGUGCUUGUCAUCAGAAAAGUCAGAAACCUGGUAUAGAAACUGUUGUCCCUGAGGAUGAGGUCCGAGAGGGGCAGUGAAUUUGAUAAUAUAGGUUUUUUCAGCUUUUGCUAAAAAAUUCUAUGCAUGCUUAAUUUAGUGAAUAUAUACAUAAGGAAACAGCAAUCAACUCAAUCAAGUCCAGCAUCAAUAUUAAGGAAAUACUCUGUUUUGGGGGGUUGUAAAACAUGGUACUUUAGGGGUAUAAAGAUCACAACGCAAAAAACAUUUAAACUUUUCAGUUCAAUCAUCAAGCUUGCAUAAAAUUUUUUCUAAUAUGUCAAGCAAACAUCUAAAUGCAUAACUUAGCACAUAAAUAUCAAAGUAAACAAGUAAGAGUGCUAGAAUAUAGAGUAGAGAAGAGAGAAGUGUUCACUAGGAUUUAU